AUGGAUGCUUGGAAAGUUCAGUGCCAGUUCACUGUCACCAACUAUCCUGCACUUCUCCAAGCCUAUGACACCAAUCAAGCUGUUCUCGCAAAUGCGUUGGCCGAGAAAGCGCGAAACGCCGUCAUCUCGUUCAUAGGAGUGCAGGUAGGUGCUGGAAUUGUCCAUGUGGCACCGAGAUUGGCCACCAGAGCAAACCAGAAUGCAAGGCACUGCUUGAUCGAUAUUUACUUGGAAAAGGGGCGGCGCUACCACGUCUCGAGGCGUCGGAUGAUCCGAGCUGGCCAGGCGGUGGCCGUGGCUUUUGCUGUGAAUUAUAUUGGCAUAUCAAACCGCGGGCUGGACAAUGUCACUCCAGAGUUGGCACCAGUCUUUCAGCUGCCGGGCUUGCUGAGCAAGUUGACGGUCUAUGCCACCGAUGGGGACAUCGCACAGGCGACGCAAAUGAUGCUCGAUCUCGCCAUCAAGAAUCUGAGGGCAGUUGGCGUUUCUAACCCUAUUAUUAGGAGACAGCAGAUACACUGCCCUCGUGCAACCACUGAUAACGUAUUCAUACCGCAGCUCACCUUGUGUCCGACUUUGAUGUGA